GAUAUAUUUAUAUCAUUCGCACUUGGCGUCCUCCACAUUUUCCCGGAAACUUUUCAGAGAUUCCCGACCUAAUUUUCCUCCGGGUAAUAAUAUUAUCAGUGCUUUCUUUUCCAUUUGGGUUCACCACUGUACUACCUUUUUUGUUCUUCUUCUUCAUUGUCUCGACUUAUCCAAUUGCGUUGACGGAAGAGAUUAUAGGUUCUGUCAGUUGAAUCCAAGUUUUGGUGAUCCAGACGAUUGCAUUGAAUUGAAGUUGCUGAAAUUCUUUCUAAGAGUGGAACAAGCUGAGAUUUUUGGUUAAUUAUGCUAGAUUGGACUUGGAUUUUGGGAUAAAAUGUUGAAUAAGCUAGAUAGUAGAAGUUAUAUUGAUAAUGGUCCAGGGGAUUCAAGUAAUGGCAAGUUGUUGCGAGACAUUGAGGAAAUUAGCAAAGCCCUUUACUUGCCAAAACCCUCUCCUAAUGAAAUUCAAUCCAAAGUAGGUGGAAGAAUACAUUUAUCCCAAUCAAAAUCGGACUUAAAACUGAAAAAUCCUAGAGAAAAUGUGCCAUAUAAGGAUAAGAAAUCGUCUUUAUGGAAUUGGAAGAGACCUUUGAAAGCUCUUACUCACAUUGGCGACAGAAAAUUCUAUUGUUGUUUUUAUCUUCAUGUCCAUUCGAUUGAAGGGCUGCCCUCCUCUCUUGAAAAUCUUAGUCUUUGUGUGCAUUGGAAGAAGAAGAACGACGCGAUUCAGACUUCACCGUCGAGAGUUUCUCAAGGCCUGGCUGAAUUCGAUGAAACUUUGAUGCACAGAUGUACUGUGUAUGGUAGUAGUGGUGGAGCCAAUCAUCCCAUGAAAUAUGAUUCUAAACUUUUACUCCUAUAUGCUUCUCUGGUUGAGAGUCCUAGUUUGGAUAUUGGAAAGCAAUGGGUCGAUCUCACUAGCUUCUUACCGCGUACUAUGGAGGAGUUGGAAGGGGAGAAAAGUAGUGGUAAAUGGACAACAAGCUUUAAUCUUUCAGGGAAAGCUAAAGGUGCUAGUUUAAAUGUCAGUUUUGGAUUCUUGGUAAUGAGAGACAAACUAGUUCAAUUGAGUACUGGUUCAAAUUAUCCUGAACUUUUGAAUGUAUCGCGUAAUAGGUUGAGUACAAUAGACGGUGGUGUCGACUUGGUUCCUAGCAAUUAUAACAGGACGCUUUCACGAGUUCGCAGCAUUACUAGCUCUGUCAGUUAUGAGCCUGACUUCUUAUGCCAGUCUUUGGAUAUGAAAGUUUGUCAUGAAGUAUUGCUCAGAACAGGAUUGGAGCUCUCUAAGUCUAUAAAUUGUUUGUAUCAGAAACUUGAUGAGGGGAACUUAAGCAUUUCUACUGAUUCAGCUUCUCAACAGAUGGAACAAUUCAAACCUAAGUUUGAUAUUGACUUUGUGUCUUCUGAAGAAAUGGAAGAUGAUGACUGUGAAAUUACUGAAUUUAACAUUACUGAAAUGGGGACUGAAAUGUCUGAAAAAGAAGAGUUUAUGACAUGGGAUCAAGGUGCUGAUCUGUCCAUUGAACCUACAAUUGAGACGAUUGAGAUAAUCGAUGUGAAUGAGAUCAUUAAGGGUAGUGAUACAGAUUUUUAUUCUAAGGAUGGCAACUAUAUGAAUUAUGUAGACAAGAUUCUGGUGGACGACAAGAAAGAUGAUGAAACACGAAGCAACUUUACCAAUAGAUUGACCAAAGAAGAGUUGGAGUCUUCUUUUCGUAGUAAGUUGAUUCCAGAGUCAUCAAAUUUGGAUUCCAUAGAUUUUGGAGAUUACAUUGAGCAAGAAAUCCUGAUGGAAAUUAAAUCAAACUACAAAGCAAAUAGAUCAGUGAAACGAUCAUUUAGCUUGGAUGAUGUUGCUGAGUCUGUGGCAAUGGAUUUCUUGAAUAUGUUAGAAGUGAGUGAUGAAUCAUGUAUAAAAAAUUUUGAUAGUGAGCCCGAUUCUCCAAGAGAGCUUCUUUGGAGACAGUUCGAAAAAGAGGCUUUGGAUUCAGGCAACUUCUUUCUCGAUUUUGAUGCAAAACAAGAGGAGUCAGAAUUCGGCUUCAGUAUUACACCCAGAAAUAGCUGUCAAGAUUACUCUGGGGAAUCUAAAUUGUCUUUAAUAAUUCAAGAUGCUGAAGAGGAGCACAAGAGAAGUGAGUUGUUAAACAGAAGGAAGGCAAAGCUUCUUGAAGACAUAGAAACUGAAGUUUUGAUGCGAGAGUGGGGAAUUAAUGAAAAGGACUUUCAAAAUUCUCCACGUAGCUAUUUGGGUGGCUUUGGUAGUCCAAUUGAGCUUUCCCCUCAAGAGCGACACCAGCUACCUCCACUUGAAGAAGGCUUUGGUCCUUAUGUUCAGAUUAAAAACGGAGGCUUUUUAUGCUCUAUGAAUCCUUUACUUUUCAGGAAUGCUAAGAGUGGUGGGAGCUUAAUCAUUCAAGUUUCCAAUUCAGUUGUUCUACCUGUACAAAUUGGCCAAGAUGUUAUGGAGAUAAUACAAUGUUUGGCUUUUCGUGAAGCCCACAAGCUGUAUGAUCAGAUCAGUAAAUUAAUGCCUUUGGAGGAUAUUACUGGGAAGACAAUAAAGCAAGUAGCACAGGAUGACAAUCCAAUCUCAAUGGCAUUUGAAAGGAAAUUUCACUCGCAGCAUGAUCAUUGUGGAAGGGAGGGAGGUUAUGAAUUUCAAUCAAGUUUCUGUAAUAAUGAUAUUAAAUCAGGCUUUAUUGGUGAUGAGAUACCUACGGAAUUUGCAUCUCUUGAAGAUGUUUCUCUGUUGGUUGUGAGUAAGAUUGAUGCCCUCAUACUAGACGGCUUAAAAGCGCAGUCUCAAAUGUCAGAUGAGGAACCACCUUCUUGUACGUACCCAAAGAUUACCAGGAAGAUAUCUUUCUCUGGAGGUAGGAACAGGUUUUUUGAUUCUAAUGUUGGAGCAUUACAACUUCGGGAUGAAACAGAUGAUGGUAACAACAUCGAUGACUUAGUUGACUUGUCUAUUUCAUUGGAUGAGUGGUUGAGAAUAGAUGCUGGAAACGUUGGUGGUGUAAUUGAGAAUGCUAGUGACGAAAUAUUUAAAAUCUUUGCAGCCCAUCAUGCUGAGUGCAUAGAUUUAGAAAGUGGGAGCUUGAAACAAGACUUCAAUUGGCACAAAGUACGUGGGAGAAAGUGUGGAUUGUUGGGAAACAAUAUCACGAUAGCUCACUUGGUACAACUUCGGGAUUCCCUUAGGAAUUAUGAGCCUGUGGGGGUCCCAAUGCUUCUAUUGAUUCAAGUGCAGAGGGCAGAAGAAGUUCAGCCAGUAGUAGAUGAGGUGUUAGGGACGAAGAAAAACCAGGCAGUUAAAGACGGGGAAUAUAGUCCCCGCUUUCAAAUCACCGGUAUUCACCUUGCUGGUGUAGAUACUGUUCCCUUCAAUAAGCAACUCUGGGGCACCACAACACAACGACAAUCUGGGUCCCGUUGGCUUCUAACUAGUGGUAUGGGAAGAAAUGGCGGAUAUAAAUCCAGAUCCAAGUCGAUUGUGAAAUUAUCCCCACUUGGGAUAGCAGCAAAUGUCCAGCCUAGGGAUAUCUUAUGGAGCAUCUCAUCAAAUGUUAAUGAUAAUUCAGUAUGUCCACAUACCCGAAACCCAGAUGUUAUAUUUCAAACUAAAACAGUAUCACACCAUAUGUAAUUUCAAUUUUAUAUUCCCUUGAAUGGAGUCCUUUCUGGUGUAUAGAAACUAGUUCAUGAAGUAAAAAAAGAACAUACCACUUGUUGUUACCUUUUCUCUACUUUGACCCAGAUUCUUGAAGGUGUAAAGUAUGCCAAAUCUGUUCAGCCUUUUGUGGAUAAAAAAUUGUUCAACAAAUAUGUUGUAGUUAUGAUAAAAUGUAUGCCUUUUUUUUUUUAACCUUUUGUUUUGUAAAACUGUUUUUUUCUUCAUCUUAGCCAAAAUGGUUACUGAAACAUAUUCUGGCUUGUUCCUGUGAUUGUUAAGAAAGGUAUAAUUGUAAUGUUUGAUCAAUACAAAACGUUUACAUGGA